AUGACACCCACAGCGACAAAACUCGAAGCAUAUGAUGUUUUAUUAAAGCAAAUACUGGAAUCUGAUACAGACGAUGACUUUCUGAAAAAUUUACCUCUAGUUUCAACCGAAGGACCCUUACCUCCAGAACUUGAAGCUGCUUUGGAAGAUACGGAGCAAGCAGAACAAUAUUUGAACAAUCUAAAAAGUACAGUGGAAGCAUGGAAAGCUGCGGGUUUAACAGACGCCAUGAAAAGAGCUCUCGAAAUCUUACACGACAACAAUGGAUUAACAAACGGGAGUGGGGAAGACGACGAAGAUACUGAUGGAAGUAAUGAUGAGCCAUCCACACCUACAACAGAAAUUCAAGAUAUUCAACCCCAACCAAAAAUAGCAGAGGGAUCAAUUUCGCGUCUUGUUAAUGGUGUCUCUUCAUUGGUUGACAUUGAGAGUUGUUUUAAUCAACUUAUAAUACCAGAGCUGGAUCUCCCAAGUACUCCAGAGAGUUCAGUUAAAGCUGUCCUCAGUGAAUUAUAUAAACUCCAGGAAGAUCUUCAAAUCCACUUGCAAGGUGGACCAUUGGCUGAGCCAUCAACUUUAGGUGCACAACGACGAAAAAAAGUAACUGAUUUGUUAGAACGAGUUAUGAAAGAAGCAGCAUUAUAUGAGGAAUUUGUAAACAGAGCGUCACAUCUUAGUCUCGAUAGGAUUUUAAAUGAAUCAGAUGUUUCAAGUGAAGAUGAAUUUCAAGACUCUGAAACUGUAGAUACAGAAUCUGGAAUCCAUUUAUUUGAGGAUUCCUUAUCGGAUAUAUCUCGCAAAUCUAUAACAACAACUUCUACAACUGCUCCUCUUUCACCACAUUCAUUGAGAGCUCUCGAUCCAAGUCUAGCACGUCUUUAUUCUGCAUCUACAGUAUCAGUACUUUCUUUGAAAUCACUAACGUCUUCCCGACAUUCUCGUUCAUCAUCUCCUUCUGACUUAAGUCUUGAGGACAUGGGGAUACCUGCUUCUCCAGAGCCAUGGGAAGCAUUUAAAUGGAAUCCUUUGAAUAAAAUUUCGGAACAUCUUUACUCACCCAAUGUUAGUCAAAGUGCUGGAUUAGUAACUGUACUCGCUGUAAGUGGAUUAAUUGCCGUUGGCACCACUCGUAGUUUAAUUAUGGUGUAUGAUUACGCGCAAAAUUUAAAGUGUCUUCUUGGUAACGCAGCAAAUGGACACAUAUUAAUAUGGGAUUUUCAAAGGCCGUCUAGUCCUGUUCGUUCUAUUUUGCCUAUUUCUUCUGCCGUCGCUGCUGGUGGUAGAAAAGAAGGCCAUAUUCGUGGUUCGACAAUUUUACAUGUUGGAUUUGUUGGUGUUCGAAAGAAUGGUAUCGUCUCUGGAGAUGAUCAUGGAAUGGCAUUUUAUCAUAAUUUAUACAAAGUCAUGAUGGUUAAUGCGACAGAAACUACUCGGAUCCUUGGUCGAUAUCCUCAUGAAAUAUCCGGAACAUCAAAAUCAAAGAGACCUAGUACUGUCUUUGGUUUAGCUCCAUCACCUAUAGGCCAAUCACCCCAUGUGUCAGAAGGUUUUGGUCUGGUUGCAAUGUUAACUCCAUAUAAAAUGAUUAUAGUAAGUACGAAACCAACAGCUCAGCCACAGUAUAAAUAUAUAAAGCCCAAAAAUGUUGCCUCCGAUUCUUCUACGCAACCGAAAUCAAUUUCCGGAUGUUUAGCAUGGUUUCCCGCUGUUAAUUCAGAGUCACCAAUAAUUAAUACAGAUCCACUUCUUGCAUUCUCGUGGGGAAGUCACUUGAUUCUUAUAAAAGUUACGGUGGCGCCUCCUGUCUUUCCUGAAAUUUUUACAAAAAGACGUAAAAACGAACGCGAUGUACGUUUAGAAUAUAUUAAAAUUGGAGAGUGGAAGGCCCCAAAUGGCAUAGUAGGACUUCAGUGGCUUUCAUCUCAGAUUCUGUUGAUAUUGACAAAUACAGAAGACCUAAUUGUAUUUGAUCCAAGAUAUAUGGAACAGAGUGAAACUACUAAUAUUAGACAACGGUCAUUAGUUUAUCACGAUCAAUUUUCUUCGCUUUUAAAGGAAGAAAAUUCAAACAAUCAAAAUCCAACUACAGAUUUAGCUUAUUAUCAUAGUUUACGCGUGUAUAAGGGCAAAGUUUUUUUAUUGGGAGUGCGCCAACUUUUUGUUGGUACACUUCUAUCAUGGGCUGAUAGAUUAAUUGCAUUAUUGAAAUCUGGGGACUUCCUUGAAUGUAUCGCUCUUGCCACAUCGUUUUAUAAUGGUACAUCAUCUCAAACAAUCCUUGGUCUGCCUGAUGAAGAGGAGGCUCGACAUACAAUUGUUGGUGAGAAACUUAUGGAACUUUUAAUCGCUUCCAUAAACUAUGCAUUUUCUAGUGAAAGAACAUUUCAAGGAAUGGUCGAUGAACAUAAUGAAAGUGGUGCUGUCUUGUUUGACGAUCUAGCUGUCGCAUGUAUAGAAGCAUGUCUUAGUAUGCAUAAGGAAGAUUUCCUUUUCACUGAAGUAUAUGAAAAAUACGGAGAAGCCUCUGCCAAAGGAAUUCUUCUAAAAAAUCUUCAAAAAUAUAUUGUUCAAGAUAAAAUAAAGGAUUUACCACCAGAAAUAAUGAAAGAUUUUGUCAAUCAUUAUAGCAAACCACCUUUACUUGAUCAAUUGGAGAAGUGUAUAUGGCAUAUAAAUCCUCAUUGUCUAGACAUUGAUCAAGUUGUUCAAUUAUGUCACAGAGAAGGAUUAUAUGAUGCACUCAUUUAUGUUUGGAAUCGCUCCAUGGUAGAUUAUGUUAGUCCCGCAGUGAAACUUCUUGGUGUAAUUAGACGAAUUUUGAUAACAGAAAAACAUAAAAAGAAGAAACAUCGAUUUUCUAUGUCUAGUGAUCACAAAAAUUCUACUUAUGAUCCAUUUAUACUCGAAGGUGAGGAAUUAGAUAAGAUGAGAACGGAUGCUUGCAAAUUUUAUACUUAUUUGAGUAAUAUUCUCACCGGACGUACUUAUCCAAACGGAGCACCAUUAAAUGACGCCGAGGCCAAUGAAGCACGAACGACCCUUUAUUCUUUCGUAUUUUCAGGUCGAUGUGUUGUAUGGCCAAGGCAUGGAGGUGAAUUAAUAUUAACAGCUGAAGAUGAACAAAAUGGUCCUGAACCAACAUACCCUUAUCUUAGAUUAUUCUUAAAAUUUGAUACCAAAGCUUUUUUACAUGCUUUAGAAGCUGCUUUUGAAGAUUCUUAUCUUAAUGGUAUAGAAAUAAUUACAAGUGGUGAUGAUUAUUAUGAAGAGGAGGAAACUCACGGAAAAAUCAUUAAUCGACAAUUACUUGUUAAUAUAUUACUCGAAGUAAUGACCUCCGGAUCACCCGAAUCAUCAGAAUUUACACAAUCAGAUAUUUCUUACCUUUAUUGUUUCGUGGCUCGAAAUUUACCGAAAUAUAUUCAAUUCCUCUUACUCUCCCCAUCAACAAUACAUAAAAUUCUCGUAAAGCUUAGUACGGAUAAUGAUCCUCGUACACGAGAAGAACGACAACUUUCAGUUGAAUGUUUAUUAUCAAUAUAUACACCACAAGAUGAAAAUCCAAUGGUAAAAUUAUAUGAAAGUGCAGGAUUUUGGAGAGUUUUAGAGCAUGUUUAUACAGCUGAAAAAAAAUAUGGAUUAUUAGUAACAACUUAUUUAAAGGAUCCAGAAAGAAGACAUGAAAUUUUUGAUUGCAUAAGAGGUUUAUUAAGCCAUCAUAGUAAACUUAAUGAAAAACAACGAAUGGAAGUUUCCGAGACCGUCAUAACUCGAAUUGAAGAGAUUGUCGAUAUUGAUGGUGAACAAACCGCGUCAAUAAUAAACACUUUUUUUGAUGGUGAUCAUCGAACUGUUAUUGAAAAUUUAACUUCAUCUCCGGCACUUUUAUUUACAUAUUUGAGAGGUCUUUUAGAGCCAUCUCAAGAUGAUGUCAAAGGAUAUGAAAUUAUGACGAGAGUUCAUACAGUAGAAGAACAAGUUAUUAUGUCUGAAAUGGGACCAUAUUUAGAUCCAGAAAUUCAUGAACAAUAUAUUUAUCUUAUGGGUAAAUUUGAUCCUACUGGUGUAUAUCAUUAUUUACAAACCCAUCAAGGUACUUAUCGACUUGAAAAUGUUCUACAUAUCUGCGAAACCGCGGGUAUUGUGGAUGCAGUAGUAUGGAUUUUAGAAAAAAAUGGAAAUGCGAUGGGUGCUCUUGAUAAAAUUUUAGAUAUUGUUCAGGAAAAAAGGCAGGAAAUUCUUGUAUUAAUUGAAGAAAAAAAGAAUUCAAAGAAUGAUCGAUGGACAUUAAUUGAAAAAACAAAAAUUGAGACAUCUUUAAUGAAAUUGAAAGGUGUACUCAAGAUUGGAAUUCUUUUAUGUGAAAAUAGUUGCCGACGAGCAAUAUCUAAUAAUGGUGAAUCAUCAAGGGCGCUUGCUUUACCACAAACAAGUCGGGCUACAGAAAGUGAGACAGAAUUAUUGUGGUUCAAGCUAUUGGACAUGUUUUUGGAUGCUACUAAAGCCAUAUCUUCUAGUGUUAUACCACCAGUUCCAUCAAUGAUGUCAGAAAAACUUUUAUCAAAGGGACAAUUACCAUCUUUUGACAUUCAUAGAACGGCGAUACCUCCACAUAUAGCCAAUCACCUAAUUACAACAUUCAAAUCGUACGUUCAGUCUAUCAUGAGGUCUUUAUUGUUGUCUACAUCUUCACCAUACGUUUCUUUGCCAAGACUUUUGCUUCGAUUUAUACAAUCACAAGCCAAAAGGAACAGUACCGUCUCAGAUUUUAAGGACAUUUUUGUAGGCAUGAUUGAUACAUACAAAUAUGAAGGUCAGUUGCUGGCUAUGACCAACCGGCUAUUUGAAAAGGACUUAUUCAUGGGCGUAGCAGGUGUUGUACGACAGCGUGCUAAAGGCUGGCGUCCUCGAAGGGGGACGUGUGAAGUGUGUGGGGGUCAGUUCUGGGGAACCGAUAUGAACCCACUGACCCUUCGCACGACACCUGGUAGAGGUUCUUCAACAGCAAAGAAAACGCCCCAUUCAUCCACUAUAUCAAACCCUGCCAAUAUUGCAGAUGCCAUAUCGAACAUAUCGAACCUAGAAGAACAUUCUGAUCACUCCUUGUCUGACCUAUCAGACGAAGCAUCGACGUCACAAGAACCACUACCUCCAUUGCCUCCAUCUCCCGAACCACAAUCGGUAAUACCGUCUACACAAGAAAACGAUCUAUUAUUAUUCCGAUGCGGUCAUGGGUAUCAUCGCCGGUGCAUUGAAACGGAAACAAACGUAAGCACUGAAAAUGAAAUGGAAACGAAAUGCACAGUUUGCCAAACUGAAAGACGGAUAGAACCAAUAGGAAGUAGGUGUGGUUCUUUGGAUCCUAUAUCAUCAAUGAAAAUUAAGGGCAAAGACAAAGUUGUGAGUUGA